AUGUUAUUGAAACAGAUCAUCUGGAGAAGCUGGCGAAUAACAUCACGCAAUGAAGCAGAGAAAUAUAGUCCUACCCAACUUGUUGAAUCAUUUCCAGGAUUUAAGCAGAAUGAACAAUUAAGAGGCCAGAUUCGUCAUAUUAUGGGGAAAAAUACUGUGAGAUUUUGUGACUGUGUCGUUAAAGGGCAACUCGAUUUUCUGCCUCGUAUGCCACCCUCUAUACUAAAGAGAAUUAUUAAUUUCGUCAAUGCUGAGGACAUUGUUAACCUGGGGAGGUCCUGCAAAUCAAUAUUUGAGAUAUGCAACAGCGAUGAAGUCUGGAGAGCUGUAUAUUGUCGAUAUCACAAAGAGCCUCCAAACAAAGUCGUUAGAGAACUGGCAGAAAAAUACGGUUGGAAACGCGUCUUCUUUACGAAUAAGUUGAAACUUCAGCUGCAAAUUCGCCGUCUGCGAUUGGAUAGGGGCCAGCCCGCAGGUGACGAAGCAGCAAACGAUAAAAUAAACAACGUGGCAAGCGGUAAAACUCCCACCCUCAUGGAUUCACAGUCUCAGCACCCACAAAAAGCUUACCUGAGAGGCUUCUCAAGUCUUGAAUCCUAG